AUGGAGAAGAGUGCGAGAGAGACGCGUGACUUCAUGAACGUCGAAUCAUUCUCCCAGCUACCCUUUAUUCGUCCGGCUCUAGUCAAAGAAAAGGCCAUUAGGCUCUUUGGUAAAGAAUUUGGAGGUGAGUCAACAGCUAACGAUGAAUCCGAGACUAGUGAAAAUAUCGCUCGAGAAGAGGAGGCUAAAGACAACGAGAAUGGAGAUAAGGGUAGAAAAUUUGAAUGUCAUUAUUGUUGCAGAAACUUUCCUACCUCUCAAGCUCUUGGAGGCCACCAAAAUGCACACAAGAGGGAGCGCCAAAAUGCUAAACGUGCGCAUCUUCAGUCUGCAAUGAUACACGGUGGCCUAUCUGAAGCGCACGUUUAUGGAGUCACGAGUUAUCGUCUAGGUUCGACACCACCCGCAGCCACGGCAUAUAGAGGCAAUUAUCCCUACGCUAGUGACUCAAGGUUAUAUGGUAGUCGCCAUGGAUCCUACACACAGCCACCUAUCAAUGGGAGUCCCUUGGCCUUGUGGAGAAUCCCAUCCCUUCACAGUUCCACUACUUAUAUGCAUCAGCUCCCAUCGUUCUAUGACGAUCACUUGAAGCCGCCAUCAAUUAGUAACCCUAAUUCUCAAAACCUGUUGGGGUAUGAAUCGAAGCCAAGCAUACAAGAUUGUCAUGUGAGUUUGGAUUUACAUCUCUAA